AUGAGCGGCCAGGACAAAUGGGUCACGCUGACCCCGGCUGAAUUUGCCCUCCUGCAAGAAUACACCCAGUACUCGACCAAGAAGCUGAAGGAUGUGCUGCAGGAGUUUCACGGAGACGGUGUGCUGGCGAAAUACAAUCCAGAGGAGAAGCAGGAGAUCCUCAGCCAGGAGAUUGACUUUGAGGGCUUCAAGGUCUUCAUGCAGACGUUCCUGGAGAGCGAACUCCCUGAGGAGUUUUGUCAACACCUCUUCAUGUCGUUUAGCAACAAGGGACCCAAACCCAGUCCCUCAUCCUCUGACAAACCCAGGGUCUCUGGUAAGUGGCUGAAGCUGAUCAAAGGCAACUCGACCCCUCUGAAGACCCCCGCACUGCCCCAGCCUCUGGAUACGGUGCAGCUGAAGGACAUCGUGUGCUACCUCUCGCUGCUGGAGGGAGGGCGUCCUGAGGACAAGCUCGAGUUUAUGUUUCGCCUCUAUGACACAGAUGGAAACGGGUCUUUGGACAGCUCGGAGCUGGAGCACAUUAUCUCCCAGAUGAUGCACGUAGCCGAGUACCUGGAAUGGGACGUGACUGAGCUGAAACCAAUCCUCCAGGAAAUGAUGCAGGAGAUCGACUACGAUCGCGAUGGCACAGUGUCGCUGGAGGAGUGGAUCCAGGGGGGCAUGACCACCAUCCCGCUGCUGGUCCUGCUGGGCCUGGAGACGAACGUUAAAGAUGACGGGCAACAUGUGUGGAGACUGAAGCACUUCAACAAGCCGGCUUACUGCAACCUGUGUCUCAACAUGCUAAUUGGACUGGGGAAGCAGGGACUCUGCUGCUCAUUCUGCAAGUACACAGUCCACGAGCGCUGCGUGGCUCGCGCGCCGCCAUCUUGCAUCAAAACCUAUGUCAAGUCCAAGAAAAACACAGAGGUAAUGCAUCAUUUCUGGGUGGAAGGGAACUGCCCCACCAAGUGUGACAAGUGUCACAAAACCGUUAAGUGUUACCAGGGCCUGACUGGGCUCCACUGUGUGUGGUGUCAAAUCACGCUCCAUAACAAGUGCGCCUCCCACGUGAAACCCGAGUGUGACUGCGGACCCCUGAAGGAUCACAUCCUGCCCCCCAACUCAAUCUGCCCCAUCAUCCUGGUAAGACUUCGCUCCUCACUGGUCAGGGUACCCCAGGAAAGGCAGUCAACGCUGAGGAAAGACUCCCGGUCCAGCCAGUCGAGCCGAGGGAAGAUGCAGAGGGCCAACUCAGUCACGGUGGACGGCCAAGGGCUACAGAUCACAACAAUAGAGGGCACUCAUCCUCUGCUAGUGUUUGUCAAUCCGAAGAGCGGGGGGAAGCAGGGAGAGAGGAUUUACAGGAAGUUCCAGUAUCUUCUGAACCCGAGACAAGUGUACAACCUGGCCAAGAAUGGACCCAUGCCGGGGCUGAACUUCUUCAGAGAUGUUCCAGAUUUCAGAGUGCUGGCCUGCGGAGGGGACGGCACCGUGGGCUGGAUCCUGGACUUCAUAGAUAAGGCCAACCUGGACAGGAACCCCCCUGUGUGCAUACUUCCUCUUGGCACCGGCAACGACCUGGCAAGAUGUCUGCGAUGGGGAGGAGGCUAUGAGGGCGAGAGCCUCCUGAAGAUAAUGCGGGACAUCGAGAACAGUUCGGAGGUGAUGCUGGAUCGCUGGAAGAUCGAUGUCACACCCACAGACAAGGACGAGCGAGGGGACCCGGUGCCUUACAGCAUUGUCAACAACUACUUCUCCAUCGGCGUGGACGCCUCCAUCGCGCAUCGUUUCCAUGUUAUGAGGGAGAAGCAUCCUGAGAAGUUUAACAGCAGAACAAAGAACAAGCUGUGGUACUUCGAGUUCGGCACUUCGGAGACCUUUUCGGCCACAUGUAAGAAGCUCCACGACUUUCUGGAGGUUGAGUGUGAUGGCGUUACUCUGGACCUCAGCAGCAUCUCCUUGGAAGGUAUUGCCAUUCUCAACAUUCCCAGCAUGCACGGCGGCUCCAACCUUUGGGGCGAGAGCAAGAAGAGGAGGGGUAACCGCAAGGCGGGAAAAAAGAGCCAAGACAAGAGGACACCAGUGCUCGACCCCAAAGAGCUCAUGUUUGCAGUUCAAGACCUGUCUGACCAGCUGUUGGAGGUGGUGGGGCUGGAAGGAGCCAUGGAGAUGGGUCAGAUCUACACCGGCCUGAAGAGCGCCGGAAGACGCCUGGCACAGUGCUCCUCCGUGACCAUCAGAACCAGUAAAUCCCUUCCAAUGCAGAUUGAUGGGGAACCUUGGAUGCAGACUCCCUGCACUAUUGAGAUCGUCCACAAGAACCAGGCUCCCAUGUUGAUGGGACCGCCACAAGGCCGAAGCUUCUUCUCCUCCAUCGUCAGACGAACACGCACCGAGAGCAAAGACUGA